CAGGCGCCGCGAGCGGCCCUUCCGGGGCCAGGCCGGGCCCGCACCCCGGCCGCAGGUGACAGAGAUGACCGAUCCCUUCUGUGUUGGAGGAGGCCGCCGGCUCCCAGGGUCCAGCAAGAGUGGACCUGGGAAGGAUGGCGGCCGGAACGAGGUCCGACUUCCCGUGCUGCAUGACCCACCGAAGCUGGGGAUGCCGGUGGUCAGGGGCGGGCAGACGGUGCCCAGCCAGGCCCCACUCUGCUUUGACCCGGGAAGUCCGGCCAGCGACAGGACAGAAGGGAAGAAAAAGGGACGUCCGAAAGCUGAAAACCAGGCCCUCCGAGACAUUCCCCUCUCCCUGAUGAACCAGUGGAAAGAUGAAUUCAAGGCACACUCAAGGGUGAAGUGUCCAAACUCGGGGUGCUGGCUGGAGUUCCCCAGCAUCUACGGGCUCAAGUACCAUUACCAGCGGUGCCAAGGGGGUGCCAUCUCAGAAAGGCUGACCUUUCCCUGCCCCUUCUGCGAGGCUGCAUUCACCUCUAAGACCCAGCUUGAGAAGCACCGGAUUUGGAACCACAUGGACCGACCCCUGCCUGCCCCCAAGCCUGGACCAGUCAGCCGGCCAGUCACCAUCAGCCGGCCCGUCGGGGUCAGCAAGCCCAUUGGAGUGAGCAAACCUGUCACUGUUGGCAAACCCGUGGGUGUCAGUAAACCCAUUGGCAUCAGCAAGCCAGUGACGGUCAGCAGGCCUGUGCCGGUCGCCAAGCCAGUGACGGUCAGCAGGCCUGUGCCGGUCGCCAAGCCAGUGACGGUCAGCAGGCCUGUGCCGGUCGCCAAGCCAGUGACGGUCAGCAGGCCUGUGCCGGUCGCCAAGCCAGUGACGGUCAGCAGGCCUGUGCCGGUCGCCAAGCCAGUGACGGUCAGCAGGCCUGUACCGGUCACCAAGGCUGUGCCGGUCGCUAAGCCAGUGACGGUUAACAAGCCAGUGCCGGUCACCAAACCCGUGCCAGUCACCAAACCGGUGACCGUCAACAAACCAGUGCCAAUGACAAAGCUUGUGACAGUUACAAAACCUGUGCCAGUCACAAAGCCGGUGACGGUCAGCAGGCCCAUUGUGGUCAGUAAGCCGGUGACGGUCAGCAGGCCCAUUGCCAUUGGCAGACACACACCACCCUGCAAAAUGGUGCUGCUGACCAAGCCUGAGAGCAAAACUCCUCGUGCGGCGGGGAGGAGCAGUGGUAAGAAAAGGGCUGCGGACAGCCUGGAUGCCUGCCCUGUCCUGCCCAAGCAGGCGAGGCCGGAGAAUGGGGAGUGCGGCCCGUCCACCACAGGCCAGGGCUCAGCCUUCCAGCUGAGCACAGACCGCAGUGGCGGCCCCCUUUCCCUGGGCAGUGGGCCCUUGGGAGGCAAGGAGGCGCCGAAGGCUGCAGGCCCUGGGUCUCCGCCUGAGGAGAGCAUGGAGCGCACGAAGCACAGAAGGAAACAGAAAACACCCAAGAAGUUUACGGGGGAGCAGCCGUCCAUCUCAGGGACCUUUGGACUCAAAGGCCUGGCCAAGGCAGAGGACAAAUCCCGGGUUCACCGCACUAAGAAGCAGGAGGGGCCUGGCCCGGAAGACGUGCGGAAGAAGGUGCCGGCGCCCACUAGCACUGUCAGCAAGGAGGUGCCGGCCCCCGUGGCCCACCCAGCCCCAGGUGGCCCUGAGGAGCAGUGGCAGCGGGCCAUCCAUGAACGGGGGGAGGCUGUCUGCCCCACCUGCAACGUGGUUACCCGAAAGACCCUCGUGGGGCUCAAGAAGCACAUGGAGGUGUGUCAGAAGCUGCAGGACGCGCUCAAGUGCCAGCACUGCCGGAAGCAGUUCAAGUCCAAGGCUGGCCUCAACUACCACACCAUGGCUGAACACAGCACCAAGCCCUCUGACGCCGAGGCCUCGGAGGGGAGUGAGCAGGAGGAGCGGGAGCGGCUACGCAAGGUGCUGAAGCAGAUGGGGAGGCUGCGCUGCCCCCAGGAGGGCUGCGGGGCCGCCUUCUCCAGCCUCAUGGGCUACCAGUACCACCAGCGACGCUGUGGGAAGCCACCCUGUGAGGUGGACAGCCCCUCCUUCCCCUGCACCCACUGUGGCAAGACCUACCGCUCCAAGGCCGGCCACGACUACCACAUGCGCUCGGAGCACACAGCCCCACCCCCCGAGGACCCUGAGGACAAGCCUUCUGAGGCUGAGGAUCUGUUAGGUGUCGAGCGGACCCCCAGUGGCCGCAUCCGCCGCACGUCGGCCCAGGUUGCUGUGUUCCACCUGCAAGAGAUUGCAGAAGAUGAACUAGCCCGAGACUGGACCAAGCGGCGGAUGAAGGACGACCUGGUACCUGAGACCGCACGGCUCAACUACACUCGGCCAGGCCUCCCCACGCUCAACCCCCAGCUGCUGGAGGCGUGGAAGAAUGAAGUAAAGGAGAAAGGCCAUGUCAACUGUCCCAAUGAUUGCUGCGAAGCCAUCUACUCCAGUGUGUCCGGCCUCAAGGCCCACCUCGCCAGCUGCAGCAAGGGAGACCACCUGGUGGGGAAGUACUGCUGCUUGCUGUGUCCGAAGGAGUUCAGCUCCGAGAGCGGCGUCAAGUACCACAUCCUCAAGACCCACGCGGAGAAUUGGUUCCGGACUUCAGCAGACCCGCCUCCCAAACACAGGAGCCAGGAUUCGCUGGCGCCCAAGAAGGAGGAGAAGAGCCUGGCAGGCGGGAAGAAGCGGGGCCGCAAGCCCAAGGAGCGGCCCCCCGAGGAGCCUGCACCUAAGAUGCCUCCCCGCCGGGACGACUGGCCCCCGGGAGGCAGAGACAAGGGGGCCCGGGGCUCCACUGGCCGGAAGGUGGGAGCCGGCAGAGCACCUGAGAAGUGAGCAUGGUGGCUGGCAGAUGGUGGGGCCCAGUCCCCACGCUGGCCACCAAGCCCCCUCUGUCCAGGGUGAGGGUAGCUAGUUCCAGGACCUCCUGCUCUGUAGUUCUCCAUCCCCCACCCCUGCCUAUUCAUCUGUCCAGUAGGGGUAGCCAGCCCCUCUCCCCUCCCUGAAGGUGGCCCUUCCCUUGUGCAGGCUUCCACAGGGCACACCUGCACAGGGGCUCUUUGGGGAGGGAUGGUGACAGCAGCAGAAGUGCAAUAGCCUGGAGGGACGGACGUUCACGGGU